AUGUCCUUCAGUUCUUCUCCCGGGUCCUUGAACUAUAAUAAUAAUAAUCACAGCGAUUAUAAGAGACGAAUUCCUACUCAACAAGCACAGUAUCCGUCCGAGCAAAUGUCUUCUUCUUCUUCUAAGCCUAAUUCCCUAUAUAUGGGCGAUUUGGAUCCCAGCUGGGACGAGGACACGAUCCGCAAGAUCUGGGCCUCUUUGGGAGAGCCCAACGUGCAGGUCAAAUUGAUAAGGAACGCAGGAUCGUAUGGUAAUAAUUCGGGCUACUGUUUUGUGGAAUUCGUGUCUCACUCCAAUGCCUCUAAUGCGCUGCUGAAAGAUGGUCUCCUGAUUCCAAAUACCAGAAACAAGGUGCUUAAGUUAAACUGGGCUACUUUCGCCACAACACCCGGCACGGAACAUUCCAUUUUCGUCGGAGAUCUGGCCCCUAACGUGGCAGAAGCGCAGCUGUUUGAACUCUUUAUUUCCAGGUAUGCCUCGACUUUGAACGCGAAAAUCGUCUUUGAUCAGAUUACAGGCGUAUCAAAAGGUUACGGCUUUGUGAAAUUUGGUCAGGAGUCUGAGCAGCAGAGAGCUCUCAUGGAAAUGCAAGGCACAUUUCUUAAUGGAAGAGCAAUUCGGGUUAGCACCACAUCCAAGAACAAAAACAAAUAUCAAACCCAGACUCAGCAGACAUAUCACUCACCACAGCCACAACAACAGCUGCAACAAAACUAUUCGCAACAUUUUCCAGCUGCAACUUCAGGGAACUUGCAAUCCGGAACUGCCCAGUCUCAAUUCAUUUACCCCGUUCAGCAACAGCCGGCACUUACCCAGUACACAGACCCGCACAACACAACGGUAUUUAUUGGUGGGCUGUCAGCUCUAGUGACAGAGGAAGAGCUGCGCGCUUAUUUUCAACCUUUUGGCUCAAUUGUGUAUGUCAAGAUUCCUGUUGGUAAAGGAUGCGGCUUCGUGCAAUAUGUGGACAGGCUUUCGGCCGAAACUGCAAUCUCCAGAAUGCAAGGAUUUCCUAUAGGCAAUUCUCGGAUCAGGCUGUCCUGGGGACGUAGUGCAAAACAAGCCGUGCUAAUGCAACAGGCCUUUUCUUCCUCUCAUGCCAAUCAACAGCAGCAACAGCAGCAACAGCAAUUGCAACAGCCACCGCAACCACAGCAGUUACCUUUGACAUCAUCUAAUUACCCCUAUGAGGGCCAACCGGCCAUGCCUACUGCUUACGGUUAUUCAAGUACAUGGGAUACUUUGAAUGGCAGCUACAUGCCAUUUUCUUUGUCUUCACUCAAUUCCACCACGGAGGCAAGCACUCAGUCCUCGACGUCGCUACUCGGUGGUUUGAGCACUUUGCGUUACCAUGGAGAGUCCGCGGAUUCGCCUAUGGUUGGAAACGCUUUCAGUUACUCCCCAACGUACGCCAAGUCUCAAGCAGUGAAUGUAGCCAAUUCGCCCGACAUCCGCCAGUCGAAUGAUCCCUCCGCUUACGAAGUUUCUUCAAAACCACAGUUUAUGGACAUUUACGUCAGAGGAAAGUCUGAGACCAUGGAUAGACUGGAAAAGGGAAGUAACGGCUUUAUUUUUGCCUAA